AUGCCACCAAGAGUUAGGGAUAAAGGAAAGGGUCCCAUGCGAGGGGGACCAUCAGCAGGACCUUCACAUCGACGCACUAUGUCUUCGUCAUUUUCCAGUUCUGACUCCCACAAUCUGUGGGGUCACUCUUUCGAGCCAGCGAGGCAUUCUAUCUCGUUGAGCUCAUCUCCUUCAUUCCAUCCAUCUUUCGGGCCGCCUGUUCCAGACGAGCCCCAGCAUUCGCAACAUUCUCAACACUCCCAUGAGUCUCACCAGUCAUACCAUUCGUUGCACUCUCAUUCCUUCCAUCAUUCGGAUUCUACAUACUCCCCGUCACAGUUUAAUUCGAAUGAUUAUGUCAACGACUUUUUGGGCUACAACCCUUUGGGCCCUGAGGAUCACUUUUCUCAAGAAAUGGAGAUGGACGACGACCCAGACCCAGAAAUGCAAACUGGGACACCGGGCCACCCAAUUAGCAUCUCAAGCGGUUCCCCAUUUCAUGGAUCACCGUAUCGUGGGCCCGAUUCAUACCAAGAGAGGAUGGCCGCGUAUGAUUGGUACUUUACUCCUUCGUACCAUAACUCUCCUGCUUAA